AUUGGGUUUUUCUUGUUACCUUGAUGAUAAAGUCGACCUGUCAACUCAUUUGCAUAAGACAUUUGGGUCGCAAUAGGGAAAAUUUAUCUAGUGGAAAUUUAUUUAUAUUAAUUGGUGUAUAACAAGGGCCGAAUUCGCAGUCGGCGACAUAUCAAGGAGAGCAGUCUUCUGUCACCACAUAAAAAACAAGUCGUGAAAAGAACACGAGGCUGAUGGACUUUCGUUAUUCACGAAGCUGCAAUGGAUAUUAUAAUUCAUUCAUCUUAAAUCCACUUUAACACACAACGGUGGAUCUGACACCCGACGAGGAGAGCUUCACUAGAAAGAGAGUAGAGGUUUUGUGCUGUGUAGACGAGGAGAGCUUCACUAGAAAGAGAGAGAGGUUUUGUGCUGUGUAGACUGAUUUUGAUCUGGAUCUCUAUUCAAGACCCGACGAGGACAAAGGAUUAAGGAAUCGAUCAUAAGGCGCACACAAUGGACGCUGUUUGGAAAUCGGAAGACCAUGGAUGUUAAAAAGUAAAGGGAAUUGUAUGCUCGUGUAGGUAAAAUGAUGAGUUAGCGUUUAGAGAAUUCCUGAACAGUGUUUGCUUAAGAUUAUUGUGAUCUUGAAAUUUUAUACCAACGUUCCUUUUGCACGACAGGAGAAUGUCGUGUCUGAAUUUUUAUUCUUAAAUCAGGAAUCUGGGCGAGUGUACGAUUACUGGAUGAUUUAAAUAUCGGAAAAUUCAGGGAGCUUAUCUGCGGAGUGCCAAAUAAAAUGAUUUCUAUGGACAUAUGUAACACAGUAGAGAAGAAGAAAGCAGGUUAGGUGUCUGCAGUAAAUUUUUAAACCUUUCAGAUAUUCAAUUUCAAUAAACUUUGUUGUGGACCUAUUGAAUAACAUGUCGGCAUUUGAUAUCGUGACAGUGAUGGAUAUUUGAUCAGGUUUUGGGGAUGGAAAAUCCACAACGAUUUUGUGUUCGUUACUGAAGGCGGUUAGCUACUCAUUAUCAAUUUUGAAAUAGAAUUGAUACACGUUUGAGAGCACAUACCUCUAUCCCAAAUGAUUUUGCAAGUACCAUAGUCCAUUUGAAACAACUAGCAGUGAUGUAUUCGCGAAAGGACUUUCCAGAAUACAAUGGAAGUUUAGGACAGCCUAUGUAUAAUAAUGUACAACAGCUCGCCCAGGAUUACAGGCGUAUGACUUCCUCUCGGGACAAUGUCAGCAAAGGAAGAAGUAAAGAAUAUCAAAGUAGCUUCGAUCCCGGUAGUAGGUCUGUACAUGAUAAAUUUUCAUUGGUGUCUGACCCUCGAGUGGAUGGGGCUCAUCAAAGACCAAAUCUUAGUAGGACUUACCGCCAACGGAAUCAAGGAGAGUAUCUGUAUGAGAAUGAAAGCUUUUACAGGAAGCAAGCUAUAUAUAAGUGGAUGAGUUCUUCAGAACAGGCGUUUGAGCGUCCAACUCCAGGAAGAUCUAGUGGAAGUUUCAAAGGAUCCUCUCUUGUAACAACAUUGAUUGCCCAAAAUCCCAUCAGGUUUAAAAAUCGUUCUGCCGCCUUGCAAUUUGCGCAGGAUCUAUUUCGCAAAGGUACCAUCAAAAGUAUUCAUGGUGCCCGCUUUUUCGAAGAUUCUGAGCUGUUGUAUGUUUGGCAGGAUGAGAAUCAAAACCAGGAGAGAUCCAGUCGAAGCAUGACGUCAUCCGAAUCUACGUCACAAAAGUACCAAAUAAAAACCUUUGAUACCAAUACUUCAGAGGCGGAAACAAAACAAAAGUCUCUGAUCAAUGAUUUCUUUAAGGACCUCGAGGAAGAUUUUCCGGACACUAAAAAUUCUACAGAUGUAGAUAGAUCAGGCCACUACGCGUCACUGACCCCAUGGGCCAUUCAGAGGGCCAGCACCGCGUCCAGUGACAGCUCAGCCGACACCAUAUCACAUAGUUAUUCCAAAUAUAAGAACACCUCCUCGAGAACAUCUGCUCCAUUUUCAAUGGCUACCUCAAGAGACCACGAUGCCAUUCCUGAAGAAACAUCGAUAGAACGAGCAGAGGGACAUUCUUUGGAACUAGAACUUGAUCGUAGUAUGCAAAGGAUAAGUGAACCCUCAGUUGCACGAAGAUGGCCGGAUCCUCAAUAUUGUUACUCUGAUAACGAAAAACAACUGAUAGAGGAAAUGAAACGUAUGAAACGGGAUCAUACAGAGAUAGUGAAAUCCUAUGAAGACAGGGUAUCUAAGCUGAUGACAAAAAUGGGAGAGCUGCGAAGCAUUGCUGAAAUGCUUGAAAAUUCAGGAACAAAACCAAAUUCCUAUGGGGUUCUUCCGAAAUCCUCCUUACUAAAUCUAAUAGACACAAAACUAGACCAGGAGAGAAGACAACCGGAGACUACACUAACAUACAGCCUAGAACUACCUCCACCUCUUCCGCCCAGACCUGGAAGGGGCAAUAUCGUGUACCCUAACAAACCGCUCGUCAGGCCAACCGUCAAGAUGAAGGCUUUGGAUUGGAACAGAAUUAUACUUAACCGCUCAGGCGAUGAUUCAGUUAGAAGCACUGUAUGCAAUACAAUAUGGCACAGUAUGCUAGAACCUAAAAUUGAUAAUGAGGAAGUUGAAAGAUUGUUCCAACAACAAGAGGGUACCAAUAUGGAUGGAAUGACCUUAUAUAGUGACAUCAUAUCACAACGCGGGAAAACGAAACAUCAAUUAGUAACCAUAAUAGAGAGGGAAAAAUCGGGUCGACUUGCCUUCACGAUGAAAGCUCUACCUCAUCCAUUGUCUAGAUUGUCCCAGGCAAUAGCAAGCCUAGAAAUAUUUCCUAUAAACACAGAUAGAUUUGCUGAAUUGAUGGAACUCUUUGGUGCUAGUACUGAUGUUGACAAAAUCAACGCCUAUGUCAAAAGAAAGGGUCCAGGAAAUCUAGAUCACCCAGAAUAUUUACUGUAUGAAUUGUCCAAAAUGGAACACUUCCGAGAGCGUGUUGAUUUCCUCAGAUUCAGAUACAGAGCCCAGUGGCAGCUUUUUGAAAUGGAUCAACAACUUCGAGAGUUACACACGGCUUGUGAUGAAAUCAUCAACAGCCUUUCUCUGAAAAAUCUAUUGGAGACCCUCCUGGCGGUGGGAAACUACCUCAAUGGGUCCUCGCAAAACGGACAAGCAGACGGAUUUAGCAUUAAUAUCCUCAACAAACUCAAAGACAUUAAAGAUAUUGAUGACAAGGGCAACCUUUUAGAAUUUAUUAUGAAAAUGUACUGCCAGUUUUACGAAGUAGAAAUUGACCUCGGAUGCCCUACUCGAUUCCGACUUCCAGAACCUUCUAACAUGAGACAUGCUGCUCAGGUGUCCUUUGAGAGUAUUCAUGAAUCUCUUGCCACACUUCACGCAGAACUCCGCUCAUUUCAAGACAAGAUCCUUGAAAGGUUGACAAAAACGGAGUCAUCCCAGUCUGUCACCAGUUUCAGGACAAUUGCUGAUAAUUUCUUUACUUCAACGCAAGAGGUUAUGACAGAAGCAGACACUCGUCUUAGGGAAACAAAGGACAUGUUCGAAAAGACCAAACUCUAUUUUAUGUACGACAACCCCCAGUGUACUCCACAAGAUUUUUUCCAAAUAUGGGCUGUGUUCCUUCAUGACUGCAAAUACUACUGGAAGCUGGCUCAUAGAAAGAUUGCAAAAGACCGAUUUGAAUUCGAAUUUAAAUACAAGGGCCAAAUGUCUGUUAACUCGGCCCACGGGUACGAUAGUUUUCGAGCCAGCAUGCUUCGAAGACUCACUACAUUACACCAGACAAUCCCUGAUAGAACUUCUGCUGAAAAUCAAACUCCGAAACCCCAGCUUAAUAACUGGACCGACACAGUAGAUGCUAAAACCACAAGUGAAGUUUUUGAUAAAGGAAGUUUCGCGCUUAAGAAACAAGAUUUAGACAUAACAUCUUCUUCAUCCCCAAAGCUACUAACGUCUGAGCCCCCUGCAAGUCUUCACAAACCACAACCAGUGAUGAAUGGUCACCAGGAUGUUCCAUUGUUACAAACGUCGUCAAAUUAUGAAAAUCACGAGGACAUAGAAAAUGUGGGAGUAGGGCCCCAGUCUGAUACCCGUAGUGAUCCUAUUGACGAAAGACCACCAAUGCCAUUACCUGGUCAGGAUUUAACUGAUCAAAAGCUGUCAGAAAAACAAGCAACAUUUUCCAUUAAAACAUGGCUGAAACGAGAGCCAGGUCGAUCUCUUGAAACGCCAGAGCCACAGGCAAAGCGACCGUCUUCUAGUACGACAUUUAGUAAGCUACGUAGUAAUUUCGUUCAAAAAAUCACUGGCUCUAAUAGUCACACACCAAAAAGACCAAAUCAGCUCAGUGUCCCCAAUCAUCAAAAUGCUGAAGUCACCGAAUCUUUUGUCAGACCUCUAGAGGUAUCCCCUUCAUUUACCCCGCUUAAAAUAACCACAGACUUUGAAAACAUCGACCCAUAUGUGACAAGUUUGGGUCGUGAAGAUCGACAGAACGUAGAAUCCUCAAAUAAUAAUGUAAGGAAUUACCCAUUCACAAGUUCCGCUGAUAGACGAAAUUUUGACCAUCGGUGGUCAGCGGGUCGACGUGGAAGACAUCCAGGAAGAAACGGAUCCGACAUUUCUACAGAGUAUGCCGGAUUGUACCAUACUCCUCCUUUCUCAAACACUGCUGUAGAUAGAGAUGGAUAUGCCUCACCAAAUGUGAUUGGACCAUUUACCAAAAGUGAUAUAAAUAACAAUGAAAAACACUUAAACGGGGAAAAUAAUAUUGACCGAGAUAGAAGUGUUCAUGUUCUUUCUAGAGCACCCUUGUCUCAUUCUGACCAUCAUAACCUUUCAUUUCAAUCUAGAGAUAAUGCACCUUCUUUAAAAAAGUUAAAUUCGGGAAAUACACCAAACUAUAAAUCAAAAAGCAAUUCUAGACAGGUUCGACUGGAUGUGUCUUCUGCUAUGAAGUACCAAACAGAAAUGGGAUCACAGCAACUCGCCGAAAUGACGCCUUCAGAUAUGUCGCAUACUGAUCUGAAAGUCCCAAUGCGCGAACACAGACCCCCACCUUCCAUAGAUAAUAGUCCUGCUCAAGCAGAGACAAAGAAAGAAUCUUCUUGGAGAAAGGAACUAAGUAAUUUGUACAACCAGUCUGCAACAUCUUCACACACUAACGAAGAGAAACCGAUAAAAAUCACAUUGGGUCGGGCCCAUCAACGACAGCAAAAGGCAGCCCAGCAACAGCAACAACAAAACAAUCUCAAACCUAUCGCUGGGAAUGUCGGAAACAGUAUCACAAAGAGAGAUACUCCACCUCAAAAACCACCACGAACUCCACAAAUGCAGCGAUCACAUUGUCAUAUGGAUCUAUCCCAAACAAACGCAGACCAGGAGAAACCAAUAGUUCCUGAUAGAAGUCGUGCACAGCAUCACGCCAUCACAUCACUUAUCAACCGAUUUGAGAAAAACGCUCCUUUAAACGAUGCUAACUCAAUUAAUCGUAAUUUGAAAAGUAAGAAAUUAGUGAUCACUUCAACUCCACUGACGGAAAAUAAAACAUUCCCUGAAGAUGGAGAGGAUCCCCCUCCACUGCCUCCGAGAUUUGAUCAUCAGUACCCCGAGGGUAAAGGGCAGUACACUUCUAAUUCCAACGAAUCAACCCUAGUGAAAACACCGGUUAGCAACCAGUUAGAAACCAAACAGUCACAAAGUGUACCUAAUUAUUUACAUUCCAAACGUUUUGAUAUACAUAUGAGUGAUGGUAGUGCCUCCAUGCCCAAACCCAUUCAUUCUCGGGAGAGCACUGGUUUGAGUGACGUGGACGGCUACACUGACCAACUACGCAAAGCGGCCAGUAGUUCUGUUUUUGACAGAUAUAAACAGCAUAAACCCCAAACUCAUAUUGACACAGAUUCAAAGUCCAACAUAGAAACUGCUCGUAGGAAUCUAAAUCUUGUUUACGACAGACAAAGUGUUCCAAGUUCUAACUACAACACACAGUCCACAAGCACGCAUCAACCAAUGUCUUCUUAUGGAAGUCGUGCUUCCUCUCUGCAAACAAAUACUCCAAAUUAUACCAAAGUCAGUCAUAAUCACGUGACCACAGCUCCUUCCUCUUACAACAAUCACCGCGCUCAAUGGAGGGAGGAGGGUUCAGCAGUCAUCGUUAAACCCCCAGUAACGCAAGGGAUGGUCAUGGACUUUUAGUGUAAUUUGAAAAAUGAUGAUAAUUAUUUUAGCAAAAUUUUAAUUUCACAGGGUUCUUACAUAAUAUGCAACCAAAUAUUAUAUAUUUAUAAUGAAUUUAUAUAUGUAAUUUCUUUAUUAUUUACAAACUUUUGUAUUUGUGAUUGAUAUUGAAUAUCAGAUCUGAUAUUUUAUAUUGCAAUUUUUAAUUUAAGUAUUGUUUGAUAUUUAUAUAAAGUGAUGACUUACAAACAUUGAC